AUGGCGGCCUCCAUGGCGGCGGCGAGCGGCGGCUCCGUGACGCGGCGGCUGUUGCGGAGAGCGGCGCGGGGCCUGAGCGGCGGCGGGGCCGCGGCGGAGGAACCGGAGGGCGCCGUGGUGAACGUCGUCUUCGUGGACCGGGAGGGGCGUCACGUCCCGGUGCGGGGCCGCGUCGGGGACAACGUGCUGCACCUGGCGCAGCGGCACGGGCUGGACCUGGAGGGCGCCUGCGAGGCCUCCCUGGCGUGCUCCACCUGCCACGUCUACGUCAGCGCCCCCCACCUCGAGCGGCUCCCGGCCCCCGACGAGCGGGAGGAAGACCUGCUGGACCAGGCCCCGCUGCUGCAGGAGAACUCCCGCCUGAGCUGCCAGAUCCUGCUGACGCCGGCGCUGGAGGCCCGGUUCCGCCUCCCCCGCGUCACCCGCAACUUCUACGUGGACGGGCACGUCCCAAACCCCACUGACGGCGGGGGGGGCACCAGAGGGAUAACCCCCCCAGUGGGAUAA